UGAAAUUGCCGGUUUAAAUGUACCUCGUAUAAUUAAUGAGGCAACUUUAGCAGCUAUUGCUUAUUGUUUAGAUAAAAAUGUUUGUGGUGAACGAAACGUUCUAAUUUAUGAUUUAGGUGGUGGUUCUUUAGAUGUUUCCUUCCUAAAUAUCGAAGGUGAAAUUUUGGAAAAAGACUUUACAACGAAUGAACGAGCACUCUAUCAUUUAAGAAUUACUUGUGAACGUGCAAAACGUCAACUUUCAUCAUCAUUAAAUGCCACCAUAGAAAUAGAUUCUCUCUUCGGGG